GACUGCGUGCAGACGCCGCCUACUUCCUCUAACUCGGCAUCCAGACGCGCUGUGCCCUGCUGGAAACUCCAUUUCCCAGAAGCCCGAGCGACACGCCUGAUUGGUCCAUCUUUUGCUCGCCGUCAUUCGGCCUUCUCUGGAGCCUUUUCGUCCUAAGGCGCGUGUGGUAAUCUGACACCAAUCGUGACGAAAUACGCGAUAGCCACCAAUCAGAGGUCGUGUUGUCAUUUCUAAACUCUCCUGGCUUCUGCGCCCUCUCCGGAAUCUCCGUUUUGCCUUCAAACUGUUUCUAUGGCAACCCGCUGUCACCUCCAAAUGGAGUUCUCGGGCAAGCUCAUAUUGGGACUCGUCCUGCUACUUGUGAUAUUUUAGAGACACAUUCAGCAUGAACAGGAAGUCAGCCAUAAAAGAAUGGGAGACUUUCUGCAGCUCUGCUAGCAGGGACCAUGGAGAGGAAGGAGGAGGAGCUUAAAAGAGGUCACUGGGAUCAGGCAGCUAUGGCUGAGGAGUUUGUGACCCUCAAGGAUGUAGCCAUGGAUUUCACCUUGGAAGACUGGGAAGAACUAGAGUCAGCGCUGGACCAGGGAGACCUGUUCUGGGAUGCGGCACUGAACGACUACCAGGACAUUUUCUCAUUUACAGAUGCUCCACAGCCCAGCCUGAUUUCCCAGCCAGAUGUCAGGGAAGAGCUGGAAGCUAUACUCAGAGGAGGCCCAGAAGCCACCAGUACUGAAGUUCCUGAGACCAAGAACUCUUCUUUGCAGAAUGAUUUCUUGGAAGAAGACCUCUCCCAGAUUAUGGAGAUAUUUUCCAAUGAGGAGCUCAACUUUGAAGCCUGUAUAGGUGAGAACUGGUUACAGAGUUUUCUAGAAGAUCCAGAAAGUGCUCCAAGACCUGACAUCAGCAACAAGGAGAGCCCCACAGAUCAUCGGAGUCGUGAGUCCAGGAGCGGCCCUGGUCCUGGGCCUGCCCUCUGCACAGGAGAGGAUGCUGUGGUGUCGGAUAGUCCUGGGCCUGCCCUCUGCACAGGAGAGGAUGCUGUGGUGUCGGAUAGUCCUGGGCCUGCCCUCUGCACAGGAGAGGAUGCUGUGGUGUCGGAUAGUCCUGGGCCUGCCCUCUGCACAGGAGAGGAUGCUGUGGUGUCGGAUAGUCCUGAAAAGAACCUCACUCCAGUGAUGCUGAAGGGAUCCAGGGGGGACCUGAACCAGCAGACCUCUGUCCAGGGACAUGAGAGGCUAUAUAAGUGUAGUGAGUGUGGGAAAGGCUUCAGCCAGAGCUACCACCUCAUCCAGCACUGGAUUAUCCAUGCCAGAGGGGAGCCUCCUGCGUGGCCAGAGCAGCAGGGAGGACUCAGCCAGGGUACUCACUUUCACAUGCCUCCAGGGACUCAGGCAAGCUACCACUCCUACGUGUGUCAGGAGUGCGGGAAAAUGUUUAGUCAGAAAAUGUACCUCCAGUGGCACCAGAAAAUUCAUACUGGAGAAAAACUUUGUAAAACUCAAAGUGACAACCUAGAGAAGCCCUCUAGGAGUCUGAGUGGUGAGCCUGAAAAGCGGCUUAUGAGUAAAGGCGCUGACUCAGCAAAACUCUGUGACAUUCAAGGUUGGGACCCAGAAAAACCACCUACUAGUAAAAGUAGUGACCAAGAAAAACUGCAUAAGAGUCAGUCUGGUGACAGUCCGUCCAUUCUUCAUCCAAAGCCUAUUACGCAUCAGGAAACUCCUACAAAUGCUAAUCGCUUCAGAUCUAAGAAGUGUGGGAAGACACUCAGCCGGGCCUUUCAGCUAGCUGAAAACCAGCGAGCCCACACUCGGAGACACUACAAAUGCAGUUCAUGCCCUGCAGUCUUCCACUUAAGGAAGCAUUUCUUCCAACAUCGCAAAACACACUUUCCCAGAACUGUCUUUGAGUGUCAAGAAUGCAGAAAGAUUUUUAAUGGGAGGUCGUCACUCAUUAAGCACCAGGCUGUUCACACCGGAGAAAAGCCAUACAAGUGUAAUGAAUGCGGGAAAGCUUUCAGCCACUCCUCCACCCUGAAGAUCCACCAGAGGACUCACAGCGGGGAUCGGCCUCACAAGUGCAGUGAGUGUGCAAGGGCCUUCUGUCGCAGGACAGACCUUACUGAGCAUCAGCGAGUCCACUCCGGCUUCAGAGCCCACCAGUGUCCAGUAUGUGCCAGGCGUUUUAGCCGACCCUCGCACUUGGCUCGACACCAGCUGAGCCAUGCUGCAGAAAGGCUCUUUGACUGUGCUCAGUGCAGUGAGACCUUCAGCCAUAAAGAACAGCUAGAGCGGCACUACAAAAGUCACACCAUCAGGUGCUUGUAUGAGUGUAAGCAGUGUGGAGAACACUUCAUUUGCAGGUCAACUCUCAAUUGCCACCUGAGCAUACACAGCAGAGAACAUGCAAGUGAGAAAGCUUUGGGUCAGAACUCCCAGCACACUGAAAAAUGCAUUAAGAAUACCACGUGUGGAAAAGCCUUUGAUCACAGCAAAUACCUAGGGCAGCAUGAGAAGAUUCCUAGCCAGGUGACAUCCUCUGAGGGCAGCCUGUGUGGGAAACCCUGUGGCCAGGGUGUGCAGCUCAUUUGCCAUCAGAGCCUCUGUGCUGGUAUAAAACCAAAUGAGUGUACUGGGCCUGAGAGGUGCAUGCAGAGCACCUCUGUCGGUGAGCACCAGCCUUCCCAGAGGGAGCAGUCCUUUAAGUGUAACAUAUGCAACAUGACCUUCAAACAGAGCGCCCACCUUUCAAAACAUCAGCUGAUCCACAUCAGAGAGAAACCCUUCAAAUGCAAUGAAUGUGACAGAGCUUUCAAGCAGAGUAACUACCUCAUCCAGCACCAGAAAAUUCAUACUGCCGAGAAGCACUUUGAGUGUGGUGAGUGUGGGAAGACAUUUCAUCAGAAAUCAUGCCUUUCCAAGCAUCAGAAAAUCCACUCAGGGGAGAAGCCCUUUAAAUGUGGUGACUGUGGGAAGGCCUUCAUUUUCAGUGCCCAGCUCAUCCGACACCAGAGACUUCACACUGGGGAAAAGCCGUAUGUUUGUCAGGAAUGUGGGAAAGCCUUCAGCCAGAGCUCGUGCCUUACUCUGCACCUUAGGAUUCACACUGGUGAGAAGCCGUACACGUGUAGCACGUGUGGGAAGACCUUCGCUCAGAAAGCAAACCAAAAGAAGCAUGAGAGGAUUCACACUGGGGAAAGGCCUUAUGCCUGUGAGGAGUGUGGGAAAGCCUUUGGCUUCAGCGCCCAUCUCAGGCAACACCAGAGAGUUCACACCAAGACUGCCAUAAAGCCUUUCACAGCUGCUCUGCUCUGAGAAAACAUCAGAAAUGUCACACUUGUAAAGUAGCAAGUAACACUGCCAAGAGCCACUUGGUUACAGUGGAGGCCCAUACUUCUGAACGCCUUCAUCUGAAGCCAGCCAUGGAAACCAACACAUUGCAAACCUCCGCUCUCCAUAAGUCCUAAUAAAAAUUGAUGAGGCAUGGGCUGGUGAGAUGGGUCAGCAGUUAAGAGCACUGAUCGCUCUUCUGAAAGUCCUGAGUUCAAAUCCCAGCAAUCACAUGGUGGCUCACAAUCAUUUGUAAUGAGACCUGACGCCCUCUUCUGGUGUAUCUGAAGACAGCUACAGUGUACUCACAUUUAAUAAAAUAAAUACAUCUUUUAAAAUCGA